UGGCCUGAAGCCAUAUCCGGAAAUACAGUGGCCCGAAGAUGGCGAUCAUCGUAAUGAAGUAAUCGACAGGUCGAAACCAUUGAAACUCGAGGAAAAGGCUGAGCAACGCAAUGGGGAAUGGUCAAUUGCAAUGUUUGAUUACCAUUAACAACUAGAGAUUAUUACGUCAAAAUUAUGGAAGAUCUGGCGUACAGACGAGAUAUUAUGAAGUCAUAUACGGACAAUCUCAUCGGGACAUUGCUUGCUAUUUUUGGGAAUGUUCUAGUCAGCAUUUCAUUAUGUGUUCAGAAAUACAGCCACCUGACGCUGGCUGGAAACAAGGACCCACGUGCCUUCUAUCGUACUAAAACCUGGUGGUGUGGUUUGAUCCUGACCUGCUUAGGAGAAGGGGCCAACUUUUUCUCAUAUGCCUUUGCCCCAAUCUCUCUGGUGGCACCUCUCAAUGGCGUGUCUGUCUUAACAAGCUCUAUUUUAGGUCUCAUAUUUUUGAGAGAAAAGUCAAAGCCAAAGGAGUUUUUCAGACGGUUUGGGCUCUCCUUCCUGGGCUGUAUCAGCACCAUCGGCGGGACGUACCUCUUUCUGACGUUUGGACCCAACUCUCAUGAGAAACUUCAAGCGGAGAACAUUGUGAAGCACAUCGUGGGAUGGCCUGUGCUCUUAUAUCUGCUCCUUGAGAUCAUCAUGUUCUGCCUGCUGUUGUACUACUAUCGACAGCGGAACGCUAACUACCUCGCGGUGAUUCUGCUCCUGGUCGCGCUGCUGGGUUCAGUCACAGUGAUCACUGUGAAGGCAGUGUCAGGCAUGCUGGUCCUGACGUUCGAAGGCACCAUGCAGCUCACCUACCCCAUCUUCUAUGUCAUGUUUGUCUGUAUGGUGGCCUCUGUGGCAUUUCAAGCCAGAUUUCUCUCUGAAGCAUGCCAGUUGCAUGAUUCCUCUAUGAUCGCCAGUAUUAACUACAUUCUGUCCACCUGCUUUGCAUUGAUAGCUGGGGCUACGUUUUUUCUCGAGUUCAACUAUGAAGACAUUCUUCAUAUCUGUAUGUUCCUGUUAGGGUGCUCGGCUUGUUUCGUGGGUGUAUUCUUCAUCACGAAAAACAGAAAAAGACCAAAGAGUUUUGAACCGUACGUCACCAUGGAUAUGGCAAAAGGUGUGCCGACUAUCCACGACCAGGGCCUGGCGAUCCAGCCCGACUACAGCGGUUCCUUCUCUUAUGGCGCUCUCGUAAACAAUGACGGGGGGGUUCCUGCCACGGUACCUGUUCACCACAAGCACGCGACGCCGGCGGCGCCCUCACCACCAACCACCAAGUCGUCUAACCUUAAGAUGGACUAGGGAUGUGUGUUUGUUCCCCUUCGCACUUAAGUACAAUGUCAACAGAAGCGCGGCGUGACACUUUCGAUUGGGAGGGGUGCCGUUUUCUUUUCACAUCGCACAAGAAGAAUGAUAACGCCGCUGUGUCUUAAAUUAAAUAAUUCCGUCGGUGUGUGGGUAAUAUCCAGUGGUUAACCACCAUGGUAGAGGUUUGUAUAUUUAUUAUUUUUUUAGCCAUCAUUUUGUUUGCUUCGCCCAGACCAAUACCUGAAUGAUUUGGCUCCUAUUUGUGUCCAGCUGUACACUGCAAAAACAAACCAGAGAAGAAAUCAAAGAUUCAACCCUGGAUGGACUCAAUUGAUCCAGCUAUUGUUUCUAUCUCUGAAUCAAUUUGGGCUGUGUCAAGUUGCGCCCUCGUGGGAUGUUAUGGAGGGGUUGCUUGUUACGUUAUGGGUGGAGAGGAAUGACUGGAGGCGUUUGGCUUGAAGCGCUGUUUGGUAUUAUAAAUCAUUUGAGUGGUACCCGGAGUGAAAAACAACUUCCACACACUACCAAACCCUAAUGUGCCUUUUUUAUAGGUCUACUGCCCAUUUAUGACUAAGCCAUGUAACACAUGAUUCAUAAAUCCGUGCUUUUAUCUGUUUCUUACCUCCUCGUUAAGUUAUUCAUUUUAGAUAGGUCUGUAUGUAUGCCCUAUUUUCCUACACUCGGAAAAUAAUAAUAAUGUUAUUGCCUCAGGUAAAUUAAUCUCAUAAUAAAAAAAUCUGUUUAACAUUUAAUUGAUAUAUGUAUGGACUCACUGAAAUAGAAGCACUAUAGCAAAACAUGAUAUGCAACGUACGGAGCCCAAACGCAAUCCACCGUGGU